AUGUCGAAAGGUUCGACGGGAAAUGGGUUUUCUUCGCUGGUUCCCGACUGCGUGGUCGAGAAGUGCUACGAGCACGAAGGCGUGAUCAUGGCACAUCUCAUGCCAAAGAGGGCGCUUGAUCGAGUACGACAGUUCAAAGUCAAGUCUGAUGAUUUUUUCAUCGUUACAUAUCCAAAAUCAGGGACAACAUGGGCUGAACAAAUAUCCCUACUGAUCAAACAUGAUGGAGACACUUCGAAACUAGAGGGCUCUCAUAUCAUGAAGAUGAUUCCGUUUAUCGAGCUUUGUAUGGACAGUAAAAACCCAGAGACGGCUCCAUUGAAGAUCGACGAGGCGGAAAAGAUGCCAUCCCCACGGUUCAUGAGGACUCAUUGUCUACCUAAAUUCCUCCCUCUCGAUGUCAGCACUGAUGACCCUAAAGGAAAGGUGCUCUACGUUGCUCGUAAUCCUAAAGAUGCCGCGGUAUCCUACUACCAUUUCUGUCACUUCAUAGACGCAUUACCCUCAUACGAAUCUUGGGAUGUCUUCUUUGAAGAGUUUCUCGCCGGCAGGGUUCCUCAAGGAUCGUGGUUUGAAAACGUGUUGCCAUGGUGGAAGAGAAGGGAUCAUCCAAAUGUUCUCUUUCUCAAGUACGAGGAUAUGAAGAAGGAUCUUCCCGCAGCCGUCAAGCAAAUCGUCGAAUUUAUGGGCAAGUCUUUCACCGCUGACGUCAUACAGAAGAUAUCGGACGCGUCGACAUUCAAAGCGAUGAAAAAGAGUCCGUCAGCGAAUCCUGAUUUUUUAAUUAAGGGUGAAGCGGCUGAGGGAAGUAGAUCCUUCAUGAGGAAAGGUAUAGUCGGAGAUUGGAAGAAUUAUUUCACAGACGAUCAAAACAAACGAUUUGACGAGUUUUACAACAAGGAAAUGGCUGGCUCAGGACUCGAGAUGGAUUUCGGACCUGCAUAACCUUUUUUUUUCAGGCUAACGCGGGUCUUUAUUAGUUCGAAGCAUGCUUAGUAUCUGGGGAAAAUUUCAAUAAAUUAAAUUGAAUUAAUUCAAGAAAAUGAGUUGCAGGCCAAUCUUUAAUUACGCAUACUGUUGUUUGGAACCGAGCAUAAUUAUAUUAAAAGGGAAGAUCGUCAGUUUUCAAGUGCAGUAGGUCAUAAUUCGCUGACACCAGACUUGGAAAGAGAUACCAUAAUGGGUGUUCGAGUCUCGCACACAGCAACUCCGUAGUUCCAUACCACCUAGUUCCUUUGGAGAGUCUUCGGUUCUGCGAAAUGUAAGAAAGGAACUUUUCCAUAUGAGGCGAUUGGUGGGAAAUGCAAAGCAUUACAUAAGGCCUGUUGGUCAUAAAACUGAAUACUAAUACUUGUGGUAAAAGACGACACCGUUAUUGGGUAAACACCCGAAUGGUGUCAAAUUCCCUAAUGAGAGCCCACUAAUAUGCAUCUUUGAACAAAGAAUUUUUCUCUUCUUUUGAUAAUCUCCAAAGGGCUAUAAAGAAAGCUUUAUGACAAGUUUAGACUUGAAGCCAAAUUCCUGUAGAUGGAAGAACAAAAUAGAGAAACUAGCAAUAUUACUUGUGUUAAAAUAGUUCGAGGAUAUUGAAGAUAAGGGUAAUGUAGUGUAAAAUGCAUCAUUAAAUAUGGUUAUUUCGUUUUGGCAAAUCAGUCAUUUAAAUGUUUUUCAUGACAUUAAGGGCGCCCUUUCACCCGGUUCUCCACUCGUUCAUGCUGUUUUGUGCAUAAUGAAAAAUCUACAUUCCAAUAACGCCAAUUCAAACUAUAUUAGAUUUAUGUUAUGGGAAACAUAUUAAUUGGUAUUGCAUGUUUUUUCCAAAAUAGUCUCUUCUAUCAAGUCUUUCUUCUUACUUAUUUUCAGGAAAAAAAAGUAUUCAAUCGCAUUACUAAUUUUUAAAAGGUUUCUUUACAAAAUUGUCAUGUUUUUAUCCCAAGCAAAUAAAGAUCGAUCAAAGAUAA